GUGGUGUUGCGGUGCCGGCGGUGCCGCGGCGGAGAUGAGCGCGGCGGGGAGGCGCUGGGGCCGGCGGCAGCGAGCUCUGCUCUGGGCUGUUCUGCUGGCAGCGUGGGAGGCGGCGUGGGGGCAGCUGCGCUACUCGGUGCCCGAGGAGAUGCCCAAGGGCUCUUUCGUAGGCGAUGUGGCCAAGGACCUGGGGCUGCAGCUACCUGAGCUCCGCGAGCGCGACGCCCACGUUUUUGACACAGGCAGGAGACGCUACUUCUUUUUGGACUUGGGGAACGGUCACUUAUCCAUGAUGGAACAAGCAGACAGGGAACAGAUAUGUGCAGCUGCUUCUAAACGUGUUCUAAAUUUUGAAAUUCUUGUAAAGCGUCCAAUGAACAUUUACAAAGGGGAGGUGGAAAUACUGGAUAUUAACGAUAAUUCUCCCAGUUUCCCAGAAAGAAGUAGUGUCUUAGAAAUCAGCGAGUAYACUGCACCAGGUACACGCUUCCCKUUACAGAAAGCUCAUGAUCCCGACAUAGGACUGAAUUCUUUACAGAAUUACGAGUGUAGCGAGAGCAACUAUUUCACCUUGGAAGUGAAAAAUGGAGAUGACGGUGUGAAAUAUCCGGAAUUAAUAUUGGUGAAAUCUUUGGAUCGGGAACAGCAGACCGCUCAUAAUUUGAUCCUGACAGCCACAGACAACGGGAGUCCGGUGAAAUCAGGAUCGACUAUGAUUCAAAUCAUUGUGUUAGAUGGAAACGACAAUGCACCAGAAUUUACUCAGUCUGUGUAUAAGGUGACUGUGAGAGAAGACGUGGCUGUAGGAAGUCGGGUGUUACAGGUGACAGCGAUUGACAGAGACGAGGGGCCAAACGCCGAGGUAAAAUACUGGUUCUUUAAAAUUCCAGAGAAGUUCGAGAAGACUUUUAAGCUUAAUCCGAAAAGUGGAGAAAUUGAGGUAACACAGAAUUUGAAUUUCGAAGAACGCGAGUUUUACGAAYUGGUUGUGCAAGCACGGGAUACAGGCGGACUCUCUUCCCACAGCAAGGUACUCAUCAAAGUAGUUGAUGUAAACAACUACAUUCCGGAGAUUAUCAUUAUGUCUGUGUUUAGUCCGGUGCCAGAAGAUACACCGCUGGGAACGGUAAUAGCGAUUUUCAGCGUUCAAGACAGGGAUUCUGGAGCGAACGGAGAGGUGCAGUGCAGUAUCAGCGAGAGCCAYCCGUUCCGCCUAGAGAAGUCGUUCGAUAAUUACUACAGCGUGGUGACUACAGAGCUACUGGACCGUGAGCAGGUGUCCGAGUACAACGUGACGGUGCGGGCGGCCGAUGGCGGGUCGCCGCCGCUGCAGAGCAGCGCGGUGCUGGCGCUGCGGGUGCUGGACGUGAAUGACAACGCGCCGGUGUUCGCGCAGGAGCGCUACAGCGCGCGGCUGGCGGAGAACAACGCGGCGGGCGCGCUGGUGCUGACGGUGCGCGCGUCGGACGAGGCGACACGAUGGUAG